AUGACGGCAUUCUCCACGCUUUUGAAACUUAAAGAUUCAGACAAGUUUAAGUGGCGUGAAGAACAUCGAGCGACUUUCACACAAAUCAAGGUUGCUUUUGCAACUCCGUCUGUCCUCGUACCGCCUCGACGUGAUAAAACCCUUAAGCUUUACAUUUCGACGGUCGAAGAAUCCAUCGGCUGCCUCCUUGCACAAGAUACUGAUGCUGGGCGAGAACAGGCUAUUUUCUAUCUCAAUAGACACCUCAACCCUCUAGAGAUCAAUUAUUCGCCCUUCGAGAAACUUUGUUUGGCUUUGUUCUUCGCCGCAUUAAAACUCCGGCACUAUAUGCUCCCAUCCGUUACACAGGUCAUUGCCCAGACAGAUGUUAUUCAAUAUAUGCUUACUCGGCCAAUAGUCAAAGGUCGAAUCGGGAAAUGGACGCUGGCACUAUCUGAGUUCAGUUUGCACUACGUCCCACAAAAACCCGUCAAAAGACAAGCGUUUGUCAAUUUCUUAGCCCACCACCCUUCUCCAUAUGGGUUUGGGAGCACCGAUGUUGAAAUCGGAAUGGUGGAAGCACGGGACAAUUAUUGGACGAUGUAUUUCGAUGGUUCCAGCACGUCAAUAUCGGUCGGCGUGGGGAUCAUACUCCAGUCUCCCCACCAACACCGUUGGUUCCUUUCCCUCAAGUUGGAUUUCGAUUGUACUAACAAUCAAGCCGAGUACGAAGCUCUUCUUAUCAGCCUUGUCGUACUUAAUGGCUUGCACGCUGCCCGCGUCCUUGUCUUCGGGGAUUCAGAGCUUGUGAUUAACCAACUUAAUGGCACUUUUCGGUUCAUGAGUUGUACUCUGGCGCCCUAUCACAUGGUGGCCAGUUACUUGGCUGAGUCAUUUGACGGUAACACAUUCAAUCAUAUUUCCCAUGGGCAGAACACCAUUGCGGACGAACUCGCUCAGAUAGCCUCUAGAGCACAACUCCUAGGGGGCAAGAGUUGA